CCGCCUCCUUCUCCGCGAGGCCGACUGGGGCCUGUAAUUCGCCUCCUGCAGCCACUGCCGCCGCGCGCCUCGCAGUGCGUUCUGGGAAGUGUAGUUCUCGGGAGUCACCACCGAGGACCUGGGCCCGGCAAGAAGUGUACCAAUUAAUUCCGAAGCGUGGCUGGACUGGGAGGGUCUCAGAGGUCAAGAGACUAAGCUGUAGAAUACACCUCCAUCACCUGAAGGUAGUCGGAGCCCCCUAACAAUGGAUAAAUUUGUCAUCCGAACACCCAGGAUCCAGAAUAGCCCACAGAAGAAACAGCUCGGAGGAAAGGUUUACAAGCAAGCCACGAUCGAAUCUUUGAAGAGAGUUGUGGUUGUAGAAGACAUAAAAAGAUGGAAAGCUACGUUGGAGCUUCCUGAUCAAACCAAGGAAAACCUAGUUGUAGCCUUACAAGAAUUAAAGAAGAAAGUCCCCUCCAGGGAGGUGUUGAAGUCGACGAGGAUAGGUCACAUUGUGAACAAGAUGCGCAGGCACUCAGACCCAGAGGUGGCGAGUCUCGCCAAGGAAGUUUACACUGAGUGGAAAACUUUCUUUGAAGAACAUCUGGAUAGACCUUCUAUUGAAGUCCGAAGUGAUCCGAAAACUGAGUCAUUUAGAAAAAAUGCCCAGAAAUUACUCUCAAACGCCUUGGAAUUGGAGAUGGAUCACCUACUGGUUGAAAAUAUUGAGCGGGAAACGUUUCAUCUCUGCUCCCGGCUCAUUAACGGGCCAUACCGGAGGACGGUGCGAGCGCUGGUCUUCACAUUAAAGCACCGAGCUGAGAUCCGGGAGCAGGUGAAGAGCGGGGCGCUGCCGGUCGGCACGUUUGUACAGACCCACAAAAAGUGACCCGACGAUGGGCCCAGCGCUGGGCCUCGCUCCGCCACUCAAAGGCUCUUUGAGUUUGGGUGAUGCGGGUGUCGGCUGUGCUGGAUAUUCCCAUGGUGCCAUUCCUUCAGACAGAAUGUGGGGAGCCCUGGGAGACAGGCCUGUGGGAGCGGCUUCAUUAGCUGCCUUUCGCCGGCCUGCCUGCCUGGAUGCACGCGGCUGUCACUAGGACGUGCCAUCCAGUUGCCAUCACCCAACACAAUGGAAGGGUGACAGGUUUCACUGUGAGCUUGCCAAGGACACCUCUAAACUCCCCCAUGGCAGGCAGAUGAAGUUACCACUUUAUUUCGCCACCCUGCAGGUAACUGAAACUCAAUUACCGCUGCUGCUCACUCAGUUCCGUCCCCCUGAGUUUAGACAGCUCCGCUGCUUCUCAGAACUCCCCUGUCUCUUCUCUUUGCUCAACCCCAGGGGUGAGCCCACUGGAGCCUGAGACCAGCCCUGCUUGCCAGCACGCACUUAUCUGAGCCUUUCAGCUCUCCCUGGAAGACCUUAGGGGAUGGGCGCCUGAGCCCCCAUGCUGAGGCGUCUAAUGAGGAGCUGGCCUGAAGCUUCCCCACACCUCGGGGUUUAUUUGAAUACAGGCUCUGCAGAAAAUGCAUAAUGAAAUUUCUCUCUCAGUGACUUACUGCAGUCGGAAAAGAUGCACACGUGAAGAUUUUUAAUGAAAUACAUCUCUACAAGCCUGCUUGGGUGGUUACGCAAAGUGUACUUGCUCUUUCAGAGGUGAUAAUAAACGAUACACUAAAACAA